GAACAGAAGAAGACAACAAUAACAUCUCGAACUCUUCAGUUUUCUGAUCUUAUCUGGUCCUCCACAAUGAGCUGUGAUGUUGUAAAAAUGCAGUUUACUAAAGAGGAGAAUGAUGAUGAUACAUGCCAUCAGUGUGGAAAGAGCUUCUCAAGUAAAGGAAACCUCAAAGAACACACGAGAAUUCACACUGGAGAGAAACCGUUUGUGUGUCAACAGUGUGGAAAGAGCUUUAUCCGGUCCUCCAUGCCACAUUGCAAUGAGCUUUGACGUUGUAAACAUAGAAUUUAAUAAAGAGAAGAAUGAGGAUUUUACAUGCCAUCAGUGUGGAAAGAGCUUGUCGUGUAAAGCAAGUCUCAAAGACCACAUGAGAACUCACACCGGAGAGAAACCGUUCACAUGUCCUCAGUGUGGAAAGAGUUUCACACGUAAACAAUGCUUAAUACGUCACAUAAGGGUUCACACCGGAGAGAAGCCGUAUGUGUGUCAGCAGUGUGGAAAAACAUUCAGAAAUCGGGGAAACCUUAGGACUCACUUAAGAGUUCACAGUAAUGAGAAACCAUUCAAGUGUCCUCAGUGUGAAAAGAGUUUUGUAUGUAAAGACCACCUCAACGAUCACACGAGAGUUCACACCGGAGAAAAGCCUUUCUCGUGUCCUCAUUGUGCGAAGUGUUUUUCAAAUAAACGCAGCCUUGGUAUUCACAAACGAAUUCACGCCGCAGAUAAUCCAUUCUUGUGCUCUCAUUGUGGGAAAUAUUUUGUAUGUAAAAGCAACCUUGAGAGUCACAUCCGAAUUCACACCGGAGAGAAGCCGUUCACAUGUGAUCAGUGUGGAAAGAGAUUCAAAUGGACAAAUAGUCUCCGAAUUCAUAAACUCCUUCACUCCGGAGAAAAGCCAUUUAAGUGCGAUCAGUGCGAUAAGAGGUUUGCUCUGGAAUCAGACCUAAAGGACCACGUGAAAACUCACACUAAAGAGAAGCCUUACUUGUGUUAUGUUUGUGGAAAGAGGUUUUUAUGGCGGAGCAGUUUUAAAGAACAUCAGAAAAUCCACUCUGGUGUGAAAGAGUAUUCCUGCACAGAUUGUGGUAAAGCCUUCACUGGAGCCACUCAGCUGAUAGUGCACCGCAGGAUCCAUACUGGAGAAAAACCUUACAAGUGUUCGCAUUGUGACAAGAGUUUCAAAGAGUCAAGACCCCUAAAAGACCACGAGAGAAUCCACACGGGAGAGAAACCGUUCCAGUGCCAUCCGUGCGGCAGGAGAUUCACUCAUUCUCAAAGUGCACUGAUGCACAGAAAGAAGCAUUGUCCGAAAUUAAAGUCAAGUCAUCCAUACCGCAUAAGAAUGAGCUGUGACGUAAAGGAGUUUGUUGAAGAGGAGAAUGAUGAUGAUACAUGCCAUCAGUGUGGAAAGAGCUUCGCAAAAGAGUUUUACAAGUCGUGGAGUCUUAACAUUCACUUGAGGGUUCACAAUAUUGAGAAACCAUUCAAGUGCCCUGAGUGUGAAAAGAGUUUCGGACGUAAAGACCACUUCAAUCGUCACAUGAAAAUUCACGCUGGAGAAAAUCCAUUCUCAUGUCCUCAUUGUGAGAAGUAUUUUUUAACUAAAACCCACCUUGAGAGUCACAUCCGAAUUCACACUGGAGAGAAGCCGUUCACAUGUGAUCAGUGCGGAAAGAGUUACAAAUGGUCAAAUAGUCUCCGAAUUCAUAAACUCUUUCACUCCGGAGAAAAGCCAUUUAAGUGUGAUCAGUGUGAUAAGAGGUUUGUUCUGGAAUCAGACCUAAAGGCCCACAUGAAAACUCACACUAAAGAGAAGCCUUACUUGUGUUCUGUUUGUGGAAAGAGUUUUUCAUGGCUUAUCCGCUUUAAAGACCAUCUGAAAAUCCACUCUGGUGUGAAAGAGUAUUACUGCACAGAUUGUGGUAAAGCCUUUACUGCAGCCACUCAGCUGAAAGUGCACCGCAGGAUCCAUACUGGAGAAAAACCUUACAAGUGUUCGUAUUGUGACAAGAGUUUCAAACAGUCAGGAGCCCUAAAAGACCACGAGAGAAUCCACACCGGAGAGAAACCGUUCCAGUGCCUUCCGUGCGGCAGGAGAUUCACCCAUUCCAAAACUGCAAUGAUGCACAGAAAGAAGCAUUGUCCAAAAUUAAAGUCAAUAUGACUGGAUAAACAAGACCUUAAGAGCUCAACAGUUCAUGAGUGCUGAAUUAUUGCCCUUGUUUUACUCUGUUAUUUGGGAUUUGAAAUGUGAAUACUGAGUAUGCUGUCAUUCACGUAAUGUAAAUAAUCUGUAGUAAAGUUACACAUCUUCAUUAUUGUAUGAUUGUUCCUACACAAUUGCAUUACUGUAAUUGUUUAGAAUGUACUGCUGCUGCUGAAAAGGAACAAAAUGAGAUCCAGUGUCUGUUAUGUAUUUUUUUUAGAGAUGGACUUUUAUUAAAACAAAUAUUCCAC